GGCGCCGGCUCCCUCCGCCCCGGGACCCCCGCCUGCCGGCCCGCGGCUCCGGCGGGGGAGAGGACGAGCACGCUCGGCCCGCGGAGCUGGCCGGCCAGCGGUCGCCCACCGCCCCGCCUCGUUACAGAUGCCGACGCCGAGGGUCGGUGAGAGCAAGUGACCCCCUGCAGCCGCAGCCGAGGACCAGGUCGUCACGGAGCCCAUGCCUUGAGGCCACCGGCAUGCCGUGGGACACGCGGCGGCCCGGGGGCGGCGCGGACGGCGGGCCCGAGGGCGCGGGGGCGGCGCGCUCCAGGGCGCAGAAGCAGUGCCGGAAGUCGGCGUUCGCCUUCUACCAGGCCGUGCGGGACCUGCUGCCCGUGUGGCUGCUCGAGGACAUGCGAGCCAGCGAGGCCUUCCACUGGGACGAGCGCGGGCGCGCCGCCGCCUACUCGCCCUCCGAGGCGCUGCUCUACGCGCUGGUGCACGACCACCAGGCCUACGCGCACUACCUGCUGGCCACGUUCCCGCGGCGCGCGCUGGCGACGCCCAGCGCCGGCUUCCGCUGCUGCGCGGCGCCCGGGCCGCACGUGGCGCUGGCCGUGCGCUACAACCGCGUGGGCGUGCUGCGCCGCAUCCUGCGCGCCGUGCGCGACUUCCCGGCCGAGGAGCGCGCGCGCGUGCUGGACCGGCGCGGCUGCAGCCGCGUGGAAGGCGGCGGCACGGCGCUGCACGUGGCCUGCGAGCUGGCGCGGCCCGAGUGCCUCUUCCUGCUGCUGGGCCACGGCGCCUCGCCCGGCCUGCGCGACGGCGGCGGCCUCACGCCCCUGGAGCUGCUGCUGCGCCAGCUGGGCCGCGACGCGGGGCCCGCGCCCGCCACCGCCGGGGCGCCCGCCGAGCCGCGCCAGCGCCGCCUGCUGCUGCUCGAGCUGCUGGCGCUCUACACCCCCGCGGGCGCCGCCGGCCCGGCCCGCCGCGAGCUGCUGGGCGACCGGCCGCGCUGGCAGCGGCUGCUGGGCGAGGACAAGUUCCAGUGGCUGGCGGGGCUGGCGCCGCCGUCCCUGUUCGCGCGGGCCAUGCAGGUGCUGGUCACCGCCAUCUCGCCGGGCCGCUUCCCCGAGGCGCUGGAUGAGCUGCCGCUGCCGCCGUUCCUGCAGCCCCUGGACCUCACGGGCAAGGGCUAGCCGCGGGGCCCGGCCGGCCGAGUUGGGGACGAAGCUGGUUUUCGAAGCGUGUACCCGGCACGUCACAUACACUGAUCUCGCAGA